AGCAUAAAACCCCCCACGGUCUGGGCUCAUCACGGCAUUCAACAAUAGUCGAGCAAAGGCAAGAUGACCAGUCUCAGUGCUAAGGACAAGGACACAGUCAGAGCCUUCUGGGCUAAAGCGUCUGGAAAGGCGGAGGACAUCGGCACCGAUGCUCUUUCCAGGAUGCUGAUAGUGUACCCGCAGACCAAGACCUACUUCUCCCACUGGAAGGACUUGAGCCCCGGCUCUGCCCCGGUGAAGAAGCACGGAGUGACUGUGAUGGCUGGAGUUGCAGAUGCUGUGUCCAAAAUCGACGACCUGAAAGGAGGUCUUCUGAACCUCAGUGAGCUGCAUGCCUUCACUCUGCGUAUUGACCCUGCUAACUUUAAGAUUCUCUCCCACAACAUCCUCGUGGUCAUGGCUAUCAUGUUCCCCAUCGACUUCACCCCUGAGGUCCAUGUGGCUAUGGAUAAGUUCCUGGCUGCCGUGUCUCUGGCCCUGGCUGAGAAAUACCGAUAAGCAGCAGGAGAAGAUGACGGAGAGUGCAGCAUGAGCUCGCUUUGCAUAAUGAUUAAUAAAUGCAUGACUGCAACAAACAAAA